CGCUUCCGAGGAAGUUUAGACUGAGAAAAUCAAUUAUCAAACAUAUCCCGCAUUUAUUGUAAAGUAGCUAACAUCAUACGUCGCAGGAGUAGAAGUACAGCACAUAGCCCAAGCUUCUGGCCAGAAUAUGUUAUCUAUUACAGCUUCUUGAUUUUCCCUAUCUUCUUUUCGAAUCUCUAUUCACAUCUUAUCCGCAUGAAGUGAGAUGUCAAUUCCGAAUCCCACACCAGACAAGGCUGAAUCCUCGUUCGUUCCCUCUUUCCCAAGUGUUUUCCAAAAAGUCAAUUAGAAUCACCUUUUGCUAAUUCAUAUCCGCAGACUGUCCUUCACCCAAGGUCUACUAUUAGGUCAGCUCUCCAUCGUCAUCCUAAUCGGCGCCUUCAUAAAAUUCUUCAUCUUUGGCGAUCCCCCCUCUCCAGACGUAUCUGCUGCCCUCCGCGCCACGGAACGUCGCUCCAGAACGCUCGCUCACAAAAGAUCUCUCCUGACCAUCCGAAGCUCAACACCACGCCAUGCUUCUCAAUCCCUAAAUCGCAAACGCUCCAGCGUUCUACGGAACCCCGCGCCUCUAACCACUAACGCUAUCCUCAGUAAAACAUACUAUAAUGUGGAUAGUCACCAGCCCGAAAGUCUAGAUUGGUUCAAUGUAUUGAUUGCGCAGACGAUAGCGCAGUUUCGGGCGGAUGCUCAACAUGAUGAUGCGAUUCUUACUAGUCUUACAAAGGCGUUGAAUGGGGGUAAUAGACCGGAUUUUUUGGAUGAGAUUAAAGUUACGGAAUUGAGCUUGGGCGAGGAUUUCCCAAUUUUCAGUAAUUGUAGGGUUAUUCCUGUGGAUGAGGAUGGGAUUACUUUGGGGAGGGAAGGAGGGGCUGCGGGUAGAGAACAUGGCAGGUUACAGGCCAGGAUGGAUGUGGAUUUGAGUGAUUUUAUUACAUUGGCCGUGGAGACGAAAUUGUUGCUUAACUAUCCGAAGCCAUUGGUUGCAGUGUUACCUGUGGCAUUAGCGGUGUCGGUCGUGAGGUUUAGUGGUACUUUGUCUAUUUCGUUUGUUCCGGGGAGUCCAUUGAAUGGUAGUCCUACUACGCUGGCAUUCUGUUUCUUGGAUGAUUAUAGACUGGAUCUUUCGAUACGGAGUUUGGUGGGUAGUAGGUCGAGACUUCAAGAUGUGCCGAAGAUAGCACAGUUGAUUGAGGCAAGAUUACAUACUUGGUUUGAUGAACGAUGUGUCGAGCCUCGCUUUCAACAAAUUGAACUCCCUAGUCUGUGGCCGAGGAAGAAAAAUACUAGGGGCGGAGAGGAUUUAGAUACAGGGUCUGAGGCGGGAGGUAUUGGGAGAGCGAGGAGUAGAGAUGUAGAGAGGGAUUUGAGGGAGGAGGCUAGAAAGGAGGUGGAGGCGGAAACGGGGGUUAAGGUGGGUAGGAGUAAAUUGGGGGUUAGUUUGGAUGUGCCGGAUGUGGGUUUGGAUGGGGGAAGUGAGGAGGGUCUGAGGUUUAGACGGAGGAGUAAAGGGAGGGCUGAUGAAUAUGCCAUGCCGGGGAGUAUGCCGGGUUUGAGUAUAGCUUAGGGUUAGGGUUGUUUGUCUCAAAAAGUGAAAUGGAUGAAAGAAAUGUAACUCAGGCAUUUUGGUGGUUGCUCAAAAAUGUAUAUAAAACGGCAAUCCCUAAAGGUACAAUUACAUUUAUAAAAUGCUAUAGCCGAAUGAAA